AAAACAGAGUUUGAUACCUUGGUGGGUGUCAAGCAUGACGGCACACAGAGUUUCAAGAAAAGCUUUAACCAAUCCGUUUCUUUUAUUCCAAAACCCUGAACAAUCUUUAUCCAACAUACUUCAAUCUCUUUUAAAUUCUCCUACUCAUUCUUCCAAUCUCCACCAUGUCAAGCAAAUCCACGCCAACUCCAUUAUCAAUGGCGUCACAAACAAUGGCCUUCUUGGAGCCAAGGUUUUGGGUAUGUAUGUUCUUUCUGAGAGCUUCACAGAUGCCAAGAAAUGUUUUUUUCAGCUUAAAUUAUCAUACUUUGCCAUGCCCUGGAAUUGGAUGAUUAGAGGGUUUAAUAAAGUUGGUCACUUUGAUUUUGCCUUGUUGUUUUACUUUAAGAUGUUGGGUUGUGGUGUUUUUCCUGAUAAGUAUACUUUUCCUCCUGUCAUUAAGGCUUGUGGGGGAUUGAAUAAUGUGAGACUUGGUAUGGUGGUUCAUGAUAUGAUGUUGUCGAUGGGUUUUGAUGUGGAUGAGUUUGUGGGUAGUUCGUUGAUUAAAUUGUAUGCUGAGAGUGGUUGUGUAGAGGAUGCGUAUCGUUUGUUUGGUGAAAUGCCGAAGAAAGAUUGCGUCUUGUGGAAUGUUAUGCUUAACGGUUUUGUGAAAUGCGGAGAAUUGGUUAGUGCUUUGAAGGUGUUUAGGGAUAUGAGGAAUUGUGAAACUAAGCCCAAUUCGACGACUUUUGCUUCUGUUGUUUCGGUUUGUGCUUCGGAGGGAAUGCGCGAAUUUGGUAAUCAGCUCCAUGGACUUGUUAUUAGUUGUGGGUUUCAGUUUGAUCCUCUAACAGGUAAUGCACUUGUGGCUAUGUAUUCUAAAUUCGGACAGUUGUCUGAUGCACAAAAACUUUUUGGUAUUCUUCCCGAGACUAGUGCGGUGACUUGGAAUGGGAUGAUUGCGGGGUAUGUACAAAACGGGUUCUUGCACGAGGCUUCAUUUUUGUUUUCUGAGAUGAUGUCUGCUGGUGUUAAGCCCGACGCCAUUACAUUUGCUAGUUUCCUUCCGUCAGUCACUGAAUCAGCGAGUCUCAAGCAUGGUAAGGAAAUUCAUGGUUAUAUAGUGAGACAUGGUAUAACUUUAGAUGUAUUCUUGAAGAGCGCACUUAUUGACAUAUACUUUAAGUGCAGGGAUGUAGAGAUGGCAUGCAAGAUUUUUAACCAAAGCACAAAUGUUGAUAUUGUGGUCUGUACAGCUAUGAUUUCGGGAUAUGUACUCAACGGGCGGUGCAAUGAUGCUUUAGAACUUUUUAGGUGGUUACUCGAAGAGAAAAUGAGUCCAAAUGCGGUAACUCUAGCAAGCGUCAUACCUGCAUGUGCUGGUUUGGCUGCUUUAAAACUGGGGAAGGAAUUGCAUGCUAACAUUCUCAAGCAUAGACUUGAUGAGAGGUGUCAUGUCGGAAGUGCAAUUGUGGACAUGUACGCUAAAUGCGGAAGGUUGGAUUUAGCGCAUCAAGUAUUUAAAAGGAUGCCUGAAAAAGAUUCUGUUUGCUGGAAUGCAAUAAUAGCAAACUGUUCCCAAAAUGGCAAACCACAAGAGGCUAUUGAUCUUUUUCGCCAAAUGGGGAUGGAAGGAAUGAGUUAUGACUGUGUGAGUAUAUCAGCUGCUCUUUCUGCUUCUGCAAACUUACCGGCACUCUAUUAUGGGAAGGCAAUUCAUAGUUUCAUGAUUAAAGGUGCAUUCAAGUCGGAUAUUUUCGCUGAGAGUGCACUAAUUGACAUGUACGGGAAAUGCGGAAACUUGAAUACUGCCAGUCGUGUGUUUGACAUGAUGCAGGAGAAGAAUGAAGUUUCAUGGAACAAUGUCAUUUCCGCUUAUGGAAGCCAUGGCCAGCUUGAUGUUUCUCUGUCCCUGUUCCGUAAAAUGUUAGAAGACGGAAUUCGACCUGAUCAUGUGACAUUUCUUACUAUAUUAUCUGCUUGUGGACAUUCUGGUCAAGUUGAUAAGGCAAUUCAGUACUUCAGAUGCAUGACUGAGGAAUAUAGGAUCCCAGCUCAGAUGGAGCACUAUGCUUGCAUGGUAGAUUUGUAUGGUCGUGCAGGCCGUUUCAGUGAAGCAUUUGAAACUAUAAAGAGCAUGCCAUUCUUACCUGAUAAUGGUAUUUGGGGAACAUUAAUGGGAGCAUGUCAUCUCCAUGGUAAUGUCGAGCUUGCUGAAGUGGCUUCAAGACAUUUACUUGACAUGGAUCCAGACAAUUCUGGCAGCUAUGUGCUGCUUUCUAACAUUCAUGCUUGUGCUGGAAAAUGGGGGAGUGUUCGCAAGAUUCGAAGUUUAAUGAAGGAACGAGGAGUAAAUAAGGUUCCCGGAUGCAGCUGGAUUGAGGUCCACAACACCACACAUAUGUUUGUUGCAGCAGAUGGAAGUCAUCCACAGUCUGCUCAGAUCUAUUCGGUACUUGACAAUGUUCUAUCUGAGCUAAGAAAAGAAGGUUAUGUUGCUAAAUCUUACCUUCAGAUGCAUCCACAAAUUUUGGGCUGUGCUCAUUAAAGAAUUUUGAUCAUAUUUGAGGGUGAGGAGCAGGGAGUAAUAUAGUUUGUGAUAUGACCAUAUUUGGUCGGAAAAUCACAAAUGUUGGAGGCCUUACUAUGGCUUUUACCUGCUGGCACAUUUUUCAUACUCACAUACACAGAAGGAUCUCUAAUAUAAGAAGUGUUAAGAACUUCCUUUAAAGGUUUGGGCAACGACAUAACUGGCAGGCCAUGAGCUGAAGUGGAGAGGCUCCUGAAGCUAGUAAAUUGUUGGUGCAGAUAUAUAUCAAUUUGCCGAAGUGGAUUUUUCACGCGUAUUGCCAGCCCAUGAGUCACCAAGCAAAGAGUGCAAUUCUCCUAGAUAUGAAAGUAUCAAAUAUGUAGACCAUUCAGUAUCAAGAAUUCUUCAGACAUUGGGUAAACUGGAAAAUUUGAGGCAGUUGCGACAAAGUAACCGAGUUGUGCUGGCAUUUUAAAUCUCCUAGGCUCAGUUCUUGUGAAUACUCUUUGGAAAGAAGGAAAAACAGAUGAGGCUGUAUUGGCUGUUGAAGACAUGGAGCGGCGAGGUAUCAUGGGCUUUGCUGCCCUUUAUUAUGAUCUUGCUCGAUGUCUUUGUA